AUGCAUCCAAUGUUGCCCUCUUACAAUGCUUUGCUAAGGAACAGGUCCAUUACUUUUGCGUCAGAUGAACGAGCAGCAUGGGGCGGGACAGACCCACGAGGACCACACGAAACCGCUCAAAGAGUUCCGGCCCAUACCGGUUCCCGUGACAGUUCUGGAGUGUCAUCCAAGGUUCGAUAG